GUGCACUUUGCUCGGCCAAGCCUCAAUAUCUAUAAGUUGAACCGCUCACUUUCGCCCUUUCUCUGUCUGCACUUCAGACUUUGACUCUUUCAAGAAUUAAUCCAGUAGAUUAUCUCUCAGAGAUAGCGUUUAUAAUACCUUCCAGAAGAUAAAUACUCUAUCGCAUAAUAGGAUAACGAAUAAAUUAGAUUGCUUACUUCAAUUAGGACUCUGGCAAAUUAGACUCGAAGCCAUCAUGCAGAUUGAGCCAGUAGUUUCUGGUCAGAGAAGCUCUAGGAAAACUAGCAGUAGAACGGCCGCGGCGAAAACGAUUAUGUUGAUCCUCUGCAAUUCCGCCAUAUACUUGAACAUUUUGAUAGUGAUCCUCAGCAGCCCAAACGGGGUGGUCGGUCCUGCUGUCCCAAAUGUGGUCAAGGAUACUGAAGCUUUGCAUGCUACGUCUGAUUCCAGUCUCUUGCAUGGCGCCGGGAAGCCAGAGAGAAACAACAUAAUCUCAGGCUCAAAUCACGAUAGGUUCCAAGCUGAACGACCUCGACAUGAACAAGGGGCGCAUGAAGCCUCUGGUGAUGAAGGAGAGGCUCUGGAUGAGGGGGCUGGUUUUCGAAGGGAUUAAUGAAGAUAAAUUGCUUGAACGGAUUCGACAUCAGGACAGGGCGGUCGAGGAACAUAAAGAAACCAUCAAACAGCAUGGGGUGACCGAGGCAAAUCGUCUACACCAAGGUAUGAAAAAUGAUUUCCCGCCACCAGAAGAGGCCGCCAGUUGGAAUGCAGCCCAGCGGGAGCAUCGAUUAACAAGAUGGUGGUCCGGUAUCGUGAAUUUCUGGCGAUCGAUCUUUAGAAGAAAGCAAUGGAAACAAGACAAGCUUUAUCUCCAGUUGAAGACACUCAGGAGUCGGAUGGAGGAGGAUACCCCUAAAGAGGUCCGGAAGGCAAUCAACCGACUAUCGAUUCUCGAGUACAAGGGCUUUGAAUUCUCGAAGGAGGAGGUAAAACUGACCAAUAAGCUAUCAGGACAGAUGAAACGGAAGAGCUUUCAGCUCGACCAGGCCGAUCACCAGCUAAUCAACCAAAUCGGAUGGAAGAAAGUGGUAGGACGAAAGGUUGAAGAGAUUGAUGAGCUGCUGAAGGUCUAUACAGAUGCGAUCUCGAAAUCUAGGUUCCGCAAAAGAUACGUCAAUAAGUACAAGGAAGCAUUAGAGAAUCUAAGGCCGAUGUUAGUCCAAGACGUCACGCGCUGGAAUCCGGAGUAUACGAAGCUGACCGAGAGCAUCAGGAAGCUCAAGGAUGGGCCCGAUUUCCCGAAAAAUCUGGCCGAGUUGGACCCAGAAACCGAACAACGUCUGGCGCUCUUAGACUCCGAAAAGCGCCGGAUCCAAAAGUAUUACCCGCAAUUCUACCCUCAAGACAUUAUCAAAGGUUUGGCUGAAAAGUUCGCAGCUUCGGGGAUUGAGAUGGAUCCUAAGAUGGAGCAGAUGUUGGCUUCCAUGUUGAAAGGUGGGGGUGGAGCUCUACCGGAGGAAUUGGCUCACCUAUUGGAGCCUCCUAGCUCCAAGUUGUAGUUACUCUCGUUCUUUGUUUUCAAAUUGUGGGCUCUCCCUCAUUAGUUCUUCGUAUCUUGGAUCUCUCUCUCCUCCACUCUCUUUGUUAUGUUUUGUGUCUCUCUUUCUCUCGUUGGCUUUUCUUUUUUUUUUCCCCUUGGAUCUUCAGCCCUUCCCAUUCUUACCCCUCGACUAAUAGUUCCAUAUAACAUACACUUUUCAUUUCUCGUUGUUUCUGUAGUGUCAUCUUGCAGAAUCUCGUUGAUAGUUAUAACGUAAACAAGACAUUUUGUGUCGUAAGGAUGUUUAUAGAGUGUUCAUGCUGGCUCCAACAUCUCAUCCAGGGAACUCGUGAUGAAUUAAGC